UUCUACCUCCCUGGAAGGCCAGCUGGGGCGGCGUUUGGAAGUUGUCUUCGGCCCCAGUCCCCUCCUGGGACGUGGACGUUCCCCUUGAACUUGAGCCCCGCCUGCAGAGGCCUGAUGGGCGGGCCCGCCACGUGGAGCACGGGCCGGAUUCUCGGAAGGUGCCUACGGCAUUGCAGCGCCGCAACUCCGGGCCAGGCCCUCGCCCUACGUCAACAGCGUAGGCCUAGCUGCUCAGGUUUACUCUUACGCCACUGACGUAACGUCAUCGUGCUGGACGUGUACGGAAGGAAAAAGAGAGUGAGCUGGCGCCGGAAUCCGCCCGGCGUGGAGUGCGGACCCGCGGCUGGCCCGCGUGGCGGUGAGGCAGGUAGGCGGCGAGCGGCGGGGAUGGCUAGGCGCCCGCGUUUCUGCGAAGGCUGAUACUCGCCCAGGCUCAAGCGCGUGGGGGAUACUUUGGUCAGUGACCACAUCGCAGCAUGCUGAGUCAAGUUUACCGCUGUGGGUUCCAGCCCUUCAACCAACAUCUCCUGCCCUGGGUCCAGUGCACAGCCGUCUCCAGAUCUCAUCGUAUCCAGCCUUCAGUCAUCAGACAUGUUCGUUCUUGGAGCAACAUCCCCUUUAUCACUGUACCCCUCAGUCGUGCACAUGGCAAGUCCUUUGCCCACCGCAGUGAGCUGAAGCAUGCCAAGAGAAUCGUGGUGAAGCUCGGCAGUGCCGUGGUGACCCGAGGGGAUGAAUGUGGCCUGGCCCUGGGGCGUUUGGCAUCUAUUGUUGAGCAGGUAUCAGUGCUGCAGAAUCAGGGCAGAGAGAUGAUGCUGGUGACCAGUGGAGCCGUAGCCUUUGGCAAGCAACGCUUGCGCCAUGAGAUCCUUCUGUCUCAGAGUGUGCGGCAGGCCCUACACUCAGGGCAGAACCAGCUGAAAGAGAUGGCAAUUCCAGUCUUAGAGGCACGAGCCUGUGCAGCUGCCGGACAGAGUGGGCUGAUGGCUUUGUACGAGGCUAUGUUUACCCAGUACAGCAUCUGUGCUGCCCAGAUUUUGGUGACCAAUUUGGAUUUUCACGAUGAGCAGAAGCGCCGAAACCUCAAUGGAACACUUCAUGAACUCCUUAGAAUGAACAUUGUCCCCAUUGUCAACACAAAUGAUGCUGUUGUCCCCCCAGCUGAGCCCAACAGUGACCUGCAGGGGGUAAAUGUUAUUAGUGUUAAAGAUAAUGAUAGUCUGGCUGCUCGUCUGGCUGUGGAAAUGAAAACUGACCUCUUGAUUGUUCUUUCAGAUGUAGAAGGCCUUUUUGACAGCCCCCCAGGGUCAGAUGAUGCAAAGCUUAUUGACAUAUUUUAUCCUGGAGAUCAGCAGUCCGUGACAUUUGGAACCAAGUCUAGAGUGGGAAUGGGUGGCAUGGAAGCCAAGGUGAAAGCAGCCCUCUGGGCUUUGCAAGGUGGCACUUCUGUUGUUAUUGCCAAUGGAACCCACCCUAAGGUGUCCGGACACGUCAUCACAGACAUCGUGGAGGGGAAGAAAGUUGGUACCUUCUUUUCAGAAGUAAAGCCUGCAGGGCCUACUGUUGAGCAACAGGGAGAAAUGGCUCGAUCUGGAGGAAGGAUGUUGGCCACGUUGGAACCUGAGCAGAGAGCAGAAAUUAUCCAUCAUCUGGCUGAUCUGUUGACGGACCAGCGUGAUGAGAUCCUGUUAGCCAACAAAAAAGACUUGGAGGAGGCAGAGGGGAGACUUGCAGCUCCUCUGCUGAAACGUUUAAGCCUCUCCACAUCCAAACUGAACAGCCUGGCCAUCGGUCUGCGACAGAUCGCAGCCUCCUCCCAGGACAGCGUGGGGCGUGUUUUGCGUCGCACCCGAAUUGCCAAAAACCUGGAACUGGAACAAGUGACUGUCCCAAUUGGAGUUCUGCUGGUGAUCUUUGAAUCUCGUCCUGACUGUCUACCCCAGGUGGCAGCUUUGGCUAUUGCAAGUGGUAACGGCUUGUUACUCAAAGGAGGGAAGGAGGCUACACACAGCAACCGGAUUCUCCACCUCCUGACCCAGGAGGCCCUCUCAAUCCAUGGAGUCAAGGAGGCCGUGCAGCUGGUCAAUACCAGAGAAGAAGUUGAGGAUCUUUGCCGCCUAGACAAGAUGAUAGAUCUGAUUAUUCCACGUGGCUCUUCCCAGCUAGUCAGAGACAUCCAGAAAGCUGCUAAGGGAAUUCCAGUGAUGGGGCACAGCGAAGGGAUCUGCCACAUGUAUGUGGAUUCCGAGGCCAGUGUCGAUAAGGUCACCAGGCUAGUCAGAGACUCUAAAUGUGAAUAUCCAGCUGCCUGUAAUGCUUUGGAGACUUUGUUAAUCCAUCGGGAUCUGCUCAGGACACCGUUAUUUGACCAGAUCAUUGAUAUGCUGAGAGUGGAACAGGUAAAAAUUCACGCAGGCCCCAAAUUUGCCUCCUAUCUGACCUUCAGCCCCUCCGAAGUAAAGUCACUCCGAACUGAGUAUGGGGACCUGGAAUUAUGCAUUGAAGUAGUGGACAACGUUCAGGAUGCUAUUGACCACAUCCACAAGUAUGGCAGCUCCCACACUGAUGUCAUUGUCACAGAGAACGAAAAUACAGCAGAGUUCUUCCUGCAGCAUGUAGAUAGUGCCUGUGUGUUCUGGAAUGCCAGCACUCGCUUUUCUGAUGGUUACCGCUUUGGACUGGGAGCUGAAGUGGGAAUCAGUACAUCAAGAAUCCACGCCCGGGGACCAGUAGGACUUGAGGGACUGCUUACUACUAAGUGGCUGCUGCGAGGGAAGGACCACGUGGUCUCAGAUUUCUCAGAGCAUGGAAGUUUAAAAUAUCUUCAUGAGAACCUCCCUGUUCCUCAGAGAAACACCAACUGAAAAGAGCCAGGAAAACCCGGGAAUGCUCCGAAAGGUCUUCACAGUUAAACUUGUCUCAUUUCAGGAGAGAGCCCGCUCCUGUCUCCCAAUUCCUGAUAGGGUCUGCCUGUUGGAAAAUGUACAUGGAUGCCUCUGGGCUCAGUUUGGCAAUAUCAGUCUUGGCUGAUGUGCACAGUCCAGCUCCCAGCUCACCCUUUUUUUUUUUUCAGUAAGAAAUCUGCCACUUUCUGGCAUUGUGACAAUGGGUAACUACUUAAACAUUUUUGCCUCAGUUUCCACACUCACAAAUGGGAGCUUGGAUCAGCUUUCUAGUUAGAUGAGGGUGUGGGAGGCUCUUCAUCACUAAAUUGCAAAUUAGCCAAACAAGGUGUUUUUCCUAUCUGACAUCCACAACUGGCCAAGUUUUUGGUAGCCAUUGAAAGCUAAAUAGGGACUUUGCCAGGUCCAAUUCUCUUCAAGGAUGGAAGGGUGCAUUUUCCCCAUAUAAAAGGUGAGGAAAAACCAUGGCUGCUUUGUGUCACCUCAGUGAGUCACAGUCUCCCUUGGCAUUUAGUCGGUACUAGAGCCAGUCAUCCUUAACAAAUCUUUUCACAUUUUAUUUCUUUCAUACAUAGUCAUUUUCAAAAAGGAAAGAUUUGGAAUUUUAGAAGAGGAGCAACUCUUCUUUUUAGCAUUCUCAUCAGAAAGUCACAAAAAUAGAUGGAAUCAUUUCCACUGUGAAGAUUGAUCUUUUGUAUUUAUUUGCGGGGUAAAUAAAUAAGCAUUCCAGAUGCUUGCAGCUUCCCGCAUCCAAGAGAUGCUGUGUUCCCCGUGAUGCAGCUGGAACCCGAGCUGCAGACAGGAGUUGCGAGUUUCAGGAUGUUCCCCACUGAGCCGGAGGAAUAUCUAUGGCAGUGAUGCUUCAAAUUUUUGUAUGAAUUAUUUGUCAUCCUAUCCUUUUCCUUCAAAACAAACAUUAGAGGAUUAUUUUAAUACUUUGGAUUCUUCCCCCUAUUUUGAGAAAUAAACUUUUUUAAUGAAAA